GUGUUUGCCUACUAACUACAUCGCAUUUUUAGUAUUGAACUUUACGUGUACUUAUCAUAGCUGCUCCUCUGAGGUGCAUCCUUUCGACUCGACCCAAAAGCGCUUCUGGCCCCACUGAGAAGGACAUGAGUUGUGGACGACUGUUUUUAUAAUACAUCUAUUACAAGGUGCAGCGGUAGCUGUCCCGCUAAAGGCUCGGCGCACUAGAUACAAAUGCGCGGGUCGUCAAUUAGCAGCCAGGAGUCAGCGGAGGAGAAUGAGCGGUUGCUUGGGAACCCGACCGCUUCUAGUUCCGAAGGGCACGACGCCGUCCCAGAAGAAGCCACAACACUUACAUCACAACAGGAUGCGAAGGCGAAAGCCGAGCGGCAAGGCGUCAGUAUAAUACCUGCUUCUGCGCAACAACCUGAAUCUUCUACUAGUGGGCCAACUGACGGACGAAGUAGCUGCCCGGGGAUAAGUCCAGCGCCAGCAACGCAUUCGCGAACAUCCUCAAUAGAUCGCAGCGUUCCUGGCGGGUCAGAUGCUGGCGCUCCAAAAGGGGAGCCGAUGCUUUGUCGCAUCUGCCUUGAGGAGGAUAGCGUUAGCAACUUGGAGCAGCCAUGCGCGUGCGCAGGAACGCAGAAAUAUGCACAUCAUGAAUGCAUUCAGCGCUGGGUGAACGAGAAGGGCCACUUGCGGUGUGAGAUCUGCGACCAGCAGUACCGGGGGAGCUUUACCGUGCCCCCGCAGCCCGCUGCGGUGGACGACCCGCAUGGCCUGUUCGCGCCCAUGUUCGCCAUCCGGGUGGACCCGCUGUCGGGCGACCCGCUGAUCGGACCCGCGGGUCACCGCGACCGCGCCGCGCUGGACUUCCUGGACGAGUCGGACCACUACUACCAGCGUAACCCGCUGGCGUCCUGGUGCUUCACGUUCGUGAUCUUUGUCAUGUUCCUGGUGGUCCUCCACCACACAAUGCUAGUCGCGGAUGGCAUGGACGACACAGGAGACGCCAGCGUCUCCCCCUCUCCUUCUCCCUCCAGCGGGAGUACGGACGGGGACAGCUACGCGUCGUCCCUCACGCUCUUCCUGUUCUGGAUUGGCACCAAGGCGUUCCUCAUCGGCAUCCCACUCUACACCGUCAUGCGCAUCGCAGCCCGGCAGGCGCGCCGCGAGCAGUACGAGGCGAUGCUGCGGUCGGCGGCAUUCGAGGUGCCCUCUCGGCGCUUCAUGUGGCGCAUGCAGAUCAGGAACCAGGAGAGGGCACCCGGGGCGGGCGGAGGGCAGGCCGCGGCAGCACCCGUCGGCAGUAAUAUCGUCUAACUAGGACUGUGUUGCGACGGCACGUGAGAGCUUUUAGUAAGUUGUUGAGACGUGGUUAAAGUGGCUGAGUGUGGCUUCAGCUGUGGAAAGGCUGCGGAAACCGCAGCUGUACAGGACGCACGCAUGUACUUGUAUGGUCAGGUAAGGUUACAGUUUGCAUAUUAGUCCCGGCACCUUUCAAUCUAUUCGCAUGGACCACUGUCUUGGUUUUAGGCCUCUUCUAGUUAAGAGCUUUUGGUAUGUAGCUGCUGUGGCAAACGAUGGUUGCUGUUGGUGGCUGGCGGGUCACAUCGUAUGUGGGUUUGCGUUGCUCUUGGUGCAGCUGGUUUGCGCUUGGUUACAUAGCUUAGGUGU